AUGUCAAAGCGAAGGUCAGGUUCUGCCAUUCGAGCACGCACAUCGAGCAAUGCGUCUACAAGCUCUAUGCCAUCAGGACCGCCAUCUCCAACAUUUAGUGCAACUACAAACGCAUCCCAGGUCAACCUGGACGUUGGCCCGGACACUAUCAUCACCAGGAGAGACCUGCGGCAGUCGAUAAACGCAUAUGAAGACCUCGUUUCCGAUUGCCGUCAGUAUCGUGAAGCAUUGAGCCUGCUCUCGAAUGCCACUUCUCGAUUUGCAACGACAUUAGAGAGAUGUUCAAGACUAAAAGGAGUCGAGGAUUCAGCGGCGAUUGGCUUGCAGGCCUAUGGCGGGUUUCAUCACCUUAUGGGAAAUUAUUGGCAAAUCUUGAACUCCACAAUUCUUACUAGUUUUGAGGAUCCACUCAGCAGCGAACUCAACGCGUACAAACGUGUGGUGUCGGACCGCUCUGCUGCUUAUGAGCGAAUGCUGUUGGAAAAGAGCAAGGUUAUAAAGCAAACAGAGGCGGAAAGUAUAAGCACCGGUCGGCGGAAACAACGAGAUUUACAAGCGUUCAAAAAAACCUUGUCCGCACUCCAGGCUCAUGUCGAUGAUCUCGACCGGCUCAAGGCGGCUCACUAUCAGUCUAUCCUUGAACACGAAGCAAAAGUCUGGGAUGUCGUCCUAGACAAGACUGGUCUCGUUGUCCGGUCCUCUUUGGAUAUCUUUGAGCGUCUCAGUGCUAAAGCAUCUGACCCUACUCUUGAGCCGCUGAUGCAAUCUGUUCUUGACCCAUUCGAUGCCUACGGACCGGUCAAAUCCGAAAAUGAGAUAUUCUCAAUCUUGCCGCCACUCUCCAUCCUCACCAAUCCGCACAAAUCUCUCCGCGGACCAUCUCCUUCGCCUCCCGUCAAUGGUCAUCGUGCUUCGGGUAGCGGAUUCUAUAGCGUGUCAGAUUCUCUCCCUGCUUCGAGUAAUUGGGCAGAUGCUUCGGUCAACGCGUGGUCUCAACCCCAAUCAGGCUCUGCAUACUCAUCAACAACCAGUCUCGACCAUUACACCUCUCAUUCUCCACCUCGUCGACCAUCUUCGCCCCCUUCGACUUCCACUCUUCGAACAACAACCAACAAGCCGAGACCUAGCAUCUCCAAUUUGGAAGAUGCAGCGUCUACAUCGGCUACUGAAACGACAGAUUUGCCGACCACAAGGAGGGACUCUUCCCGUCGAGACACCGUUCUUACCCUCCGCCCACCGCCGCCGGAGCCAUUCAAUACCGAAAACGCAGACGACACGAUGAGGAUAUCGAACCAACUUCAUUCGGAGAGGAAUGAAUCAACCUCGGCGCUGCCCACUCCCAAGAAAUCCGGCUUCUCCUUUUCGCGGCUGAUGGGUUCUUCGAGUUCCAACACCCACGGAGUGACCGGUCCUGAUUAG